AGCGAUUCGUGUAUUAUUAAUCGUUAUUGUCUAGGUUGUGUCGGAGCACUGAGGGCCUUUUUCGAACGAGGACAAGAAGAGAAAAGAAACAUGGGUGACAAUGACAAACCAUUUGCCUGUAAAGUUCCGGGAUGCGGCCAGACAUUCACGAACAAUGAUCGUCUAAUGAUACAUCGUCAAACUCAUUCAUUGAGAGUAAAAAUAAGCGGCAAGAAAGGCGAAGACAGUAUUCCCGAUCAAACUCCAACACCAACAAGAUUUUUAAAGAACUGUGAGGAAGAAGGAUUGUUUGAUGAACUGGGUGAAAACAAUGAGAAUCCAUUUGAUAGAGAAUUUAGUACAGCAACGACAAAACAACCACAUGAAAAGAAGAGUGUGGAAAAUUCAGUUGUUAACACGCCUGUCCCAGUUAACACGCCUGUCCCAGAAUUGCCUGUGCCAAAGAAAGUGAUUGAUAUUGUUACUGAUCAGACUGAUGCAGGUGACUCUGGGAUCAAUGCCCCUCCUGCAGCCCAUACUGUAGUAAUUGAUGGACGUAAUGGUGCAAUACCGAAUGCCACUGACUUUUUAAGUCAAACUGCACAGGCUUCUGAGCAUUCUGGACAAGAAACAAAGGUUCAAGUUAAAUCCCCGACUGUCUCGGUUUUGGUUACCCGAAACAGGAAUACCAGUACUCGCAAAGUCAUCCCGCCAUUUAUUGCCCACCCUGGUAAUGCCGUACCAAAGGCCACCCCCGCUCCACUUACUAUAGUUAGCAAUGCCAAUGUCCAUUCCAUUCCAACCCGAGCUAUUGUUGUAACGCCAACUGGAACUGGGAAGUCUGGCUCCUUUGUAAAAAGUGCAAAACAGAUAUUAAAGGAAACCAUUCGUAUUCAACAGUCGCAAGGCAAGGAUGUUAAAACAAACCUUGGAAAUAUUAUAAAUCAGGCUAUGGACGAAGCGGUUUCUGUUGUGAAAAGGCCUUCGCCGAGCCAGAAUUCCGAGAACGAUGACGUGUCGAAAGAGAGAGAUGCAAAACCAAUAAAACGAAAUCGUCGAUCACAAGAGGAUUUAACACCCGAUGAAAAACGCGAAAAAUUCCUAGAAAGAAACAGAGCGGCAGCAACUCGCUGUAGAGAAAAACGUAAAAUGUGGAUAAAUGCAUUGGAGAAGAAAGCUGAAGAAAUGUCAGAAUUAAACAGCCAAUUACAGAACGAGAUUUCCUUCCUGAAGCACGAGGUUGCGGAACUGAAAGCACUGCUCUUGGCUCAUCGAGAUUGUCCGCUAUCGAUAAACCAGCAAAAAACCAAUCCUGGAUUAUUUGAGCAACUGAGCAAUCAAGUCGUCAUUGAUAUCUCCGGUAGUGAACAACAAAGUGCUGAAGCUCUCACUCAAAUGGCAGAACGAGCUUUUGUGACAGCGGACAGAGAAACGUCGUGUAAUAUAUGACGAGCAUUCAUAGGACGUGAAUUAUACUGUAUAAAUAACACAUUAUUUAAUCAAAGAAAACUCAAUAUAUAUAUAAUGUAAUCGUAUCGUUUUCAAGUAUCGA